CGCCCUUAUCAUCUUCCAUUUAGCGGUAAAAUGUGAUACGGAAGCUGCUGAUACUCACAGCCUCAAAUCCGAGCCUUAGCGACACAGAGCGCAGAAAACGAAGCAGAAUCCUCAGAUAUUGUGCAUAAGUUUUAGAGAUGAGUGCAUUGGACGCAACCAGAGCAGAACUCGCGCUUGUCGUUUUGUAUCUGAACAAGGCUGAAGCCAGAGACAAGAUAUGCAGGGCUAUACAAUAUGGUUCUAAAUUCUUGAGCAAUGGAGAAGCUGGAACAGCUCAGAAUGUUGACAGAACCACUGCCUUAGCUCGCAAAGUCUUUCGUCUUUUCAAGUUUGUUAAUGAUCUGCAUGGACUAAUCAGCCCUACUCCCCAAGGAACUCCUCUGCCCCUUGUUCUUUUAGGGAAGUCCAAAAAUGCCUUGUUAUCGACUUUUCUAUUUCUCGAUCAAAUCGUCUGGCUCAGUAGAACAGGCAUCUAUAAGAACAAAGAGCGCGCUGAGCUGAUCGGUAGGAUAUCGCUGUUUUGUUGGAUGGGUUCAUCAAUCUGUUCCACAUUGGUUGAGCUCGGAGAGCUCGGCCGGCUUUCGUCAGCAAGGAAAAAGCUGGAGAAGGAUCUCAAGAACAGGAAUAAGUAUGAAGACGAGAAAUACAGCGCGAAAGUUCGACAAUCGAACGAGCGGUCCCUUGCACUGAUCAAAGCCGCUAUGGAUGUUGUUGUCGCGGUCGGGUUGCUUCAGUUAGCACCUAAGAACAUAACUCCUCGCGUCACCGGAGCAUUUGGAUUUGUCACCUCUCUGAUAUCUUGUUAUCAGUUGCUUCCAUCAGCACCAAAGUCCAAGACCUCUUGAAGAAAGAAACUCCAUGCUUGCUUGCUCAUGGCUAUGAAACCAUCCCAAUUAAAUAAUUAUUUAAACUUGUAAAAUAAAAAAAAAAAAAAAGAGAAAUAUUUACUCGUGUAACUGUGGACUUUAGGGUGAAAUCGAAAUAUUCAUGUAUAAAUGAUACUUAUGAGAUUAUUUAGGACUUAUUUGUUAAUGUUUUCAAA